AUGGAGUUCCCCGAAAACAUCCCCCGCGACUAUACGGACUCAACGUCUUUUCCGGAUUUGAUGAACGAUCCUUUGUACGCUACCAAUACCGAAGGGAAAGACAGGGGGUUUGAAGACCCUGAUACCUGCCGAAUAUGCCGCGGAGAAGGGUCGGAGGAGGAGCAGCUAUUUUAUCCCUGCAAAUGCAGUGGCAGUAUCAAGUUUGUCCACCAGGCUUGCUUGGUUGAGUGGCUUUCGCACUCUCAGAAGAAAUAUUGUGAGCUUUGCAAAACGCCAUUCCGGUUCACAAAGCUGUAUGACCCGAACAUGCCACGUGAUCUCCCGGCGCCUCUUUUCAUGAAGCAACUUGUGGUUCAUAGCGUUCGUACUAUCAUUACCUGGCUGCGGUUCGUUCUUGUCGCAUUUGUCUGGCUCGGGUGGCUGCCUUGGUCAAUGCGGGCAAUAUGGAGGGCGCUUUUCUGGCUUGCAGAUGGACGUUGGUCAGGCGGCGACAAUUCUCAGCAAGGCACUGCUCAAGAACGUCUCGCUAAGUUGUUGGCAAAUAGCACCACUUUGAUAAAUGAUGUGACGACUACUACAAGCGCCGAAAUAUCGGCUGCUACUGAAUCUACAGUGACUAGUAUACCAUCUCCGGGGUCUUCUGUCUCGUCUAUUUUCGGUUUCUCUGCCAAUGAGCCAAUGAUGCUCACUGUGUUAAAAAAGGCUCUCUCAACCUUAUUCUUCCCUGCCAUCUCUUCGACCAACGGAGCGGUGAAUUCAAGCAAUACAACAACUGGCUCCUUAAAACAACGGUAUCCUUCGUGGCUUUCAGAUGUCAAGUUCCUGAACUCCCUCACACCGUCCCCUACAAUCAACAACAUCCUCAUUGAUACAUUGGAAGGCCAAUUAAUCACUCUGCUGGUUGUCAUCUCAUUUAUUCUGGUCUUUCUGAUCCGUGAAUGGGUUGUUCAACAACAACCGAUGGCCAAUAUCGCGGAUGGGGAGCGCGAAGCAGCAGUUCAGUUGAUUGCGAACAACCGCCCGAAUCAAGAAGAACCUGAGGCACAGCCCCCCGUGCAACUACAGGAUGAUGAUCAUACUGAUGACGAACAUCUUGAACAACUGUCCGACCAUGACGAAGAAGACCCGCUACCCAGUCCUCCAUUUCACUUCGAUACAAAUGGUAGGGCUUCCUUCUUAGAAGAUGAUGACUCCUUUGGAUUUGGCGGCAUGCCAUCAGAAGGCCCCAGUGCUUCAUCGGCCUCUCGACGUGACAUGGAUUUUGAUUAUGCUUCGACCAUCGAUGGUUCGACCGGUCCUUCAUCUGCCCAUACUAACCCAGCUCAGCCUGGAUGGGAGAGAAUCAGGGAUCUUUGGACGCGCGGAAAUGGUGAUCCGGAACAGGUCUUGAGAAUAAUUCGCGAAGAAGGUCGUCAGGAAGAACUUGCUUGGCUCGCUGGCGUCAUGUCAAGACGUGUGCACAAUAGUGAAACUCCCUUGAACUCGUCUGAUUCUACCGCCUUUAUGGAUUUGAACCAGUCUGGGGAGAACAACCCAGAACAGCCUCCUUUGAGCAAUUUUCAACAUUCCUCUGGAUCUACAGCGAAUGUCACUGCCAGUCCCACUUGGAAUACCGGUGAUUUACGUGAUUUACGUGAUUUACAUGCUCAAGGUGAGCAGGGCAGCUCCUCGCAGCCUUUUGCUUUCAAUUUUCUUGAGUCAGAGCCUGAGAAUAUGGAGACAAACGAGGCCACACCAAAUCCACAGGAUCACCCUUCGGAACCUUCGAACAAUGAACACGGCAAUGUAGACCAGGUUAACAUGUCUGCCGAAACAUCAAACGAGAGCAGGGCACCGGUUACAAAUGCUGAGACGUCUGAACACACACCAGUGCCCCCUCAGGCAGAACCUCAUUCCGGUCCCCCGAAAAGUUUGACAGAUCGAGUUUUCGAUUGGUUCUGGGCCGAUAUCACCCUCGAUGACCAAACACAAGACCCUCCACAGCAGGAUGAUGAGCACAUUGUUGAGGAUCCCGCAUUAGAAGCACCAUUUAUCCCGGUACAGAACAACCGUCGCUUUGCUAAUGCUGGCGCCCAGGAAGAUCAAGAUGUUGCACCUCUUGCAGCAGAGGCUGGCAUCGAUGCGAAUGAUAUUGAUGCGGUUGAAGAAGGUGAUGACCUAGAGGGGAUCCUUGAGCUUAUUGGAAUGCAAGGUCCCAUUUUUGGUCUCCUACAAAAUGGCGUUUUCAGUGCUCUUUUGAUUUCGUUCACGGUGGCUCUUGGAAUAUGGCUCCCCUAUCUAUGGGGCAAAAUUGCACUGGUUCUUUUGGCCAAUCCCAUCCAACUGGUCUUUGGCGUCCCUAUGACUGCUGUCUCUGUUAUAGCGGACGUAACGCUUGAUACGCUCAUCGGAAGCUUGGGAUAUGUCAUGUAUUGGGUCAGCCUUAUCUGCAAGUUGGUGCUGAGCCCUGUCAGUGCAUUCGUUCCCCUGGGAGAUUGGAUCCCACAGACCAAAUCCGUCACCAGCGCAUCACUGUCUCUCAUUGAUGCCAGUAGCCAUCGUCUCAAAAAGGUGGCCAAUGCCUUUUUCAUCUUCCACGAAUCAGACGUUCCAAUGUUCUCGGUUCUUUCUCAUCAAGCUUUGAAAAUCCACCAAGCCCGCAUCUCUGGUCUCUUUAAAUCGGUUUUUAUUGUCAUAAAAUUUGUGUUGCAUGACUUCCCUCUACGAAUCGUUACCCUUGGAGUGCCAGGGGCUCUAUCUUUCGAUUAUCAUGCUGCCGACCUUAAGAAUGUUUUGAUACAGGGGCGAGAUCAAAUCUACAGCCUUAUCAAUCACCCACUUAUCUCGAUGAACAGCAAGAAGUGGGUUAACGCUGGUGCAGCGAAGGCUGCCAAUAUGCCUGUUGAUUAUGACUUGGCAGUUUGGGAUACGAAAGACCGAAUCAUCGCAAUCACCAUGGGCUAUCUUCUCGCAUCAAUGCUCGGACUUCUCUACCUUCGCAUCACCGGCCUUCUUUCCGGAAUGAAUCGGGGACAGCGAAUCGAGGGCCUUGUUGCUGAUAUCCUCCACCAAGCUGGGGGCGUGAUGAAAGUCAUCUUAAUCAUCGGCAUUGAGAUGAUAGUGUUCCCUCUGUACUGCGGUUCAUUACUCGACAUUGCGCUCUUGCCCCUUUUCGACCAGGCCACUAUAGCCUCGCGCAUUUCCUUCACCUCUUCGUCGCCUUUAACAUCCCUUUUUGUGCACUGGUUCAUUGGCACAUGCUACAUGUUCCAUUUUGCUCUCUUUGUGUCGAUGUGUAGGAAGAUCAUGAGAAGCGGCGUUCUCUAUUUCAUUCGUGAUCCUGAUGACCCCACCUUCCACCCCGUUCGCGAUGUCCUGGAGCGCAAUAUUACUACGCAGCUUCGUAAAAUUGCCUUUAGUGCGUUAGUUUACGGCACCUUGGUUAUCGUCUGCCUCGGUGGGGUUGUAUGGGGUCUAUACUACGCAUUUGAUGGAGUCCUGCCUAUUCACUGGUCUGCGACGAUUCCUGUGCUCGAAUUCCCCGUCGACCUAUUGUUUUAUAAUUUUGUGAUGCCCCUUGCCAUCCGGUCUAUCAAACCUUCCGAUCAGCUACAUGUUUUGUACAACUGGUGGUUCCAAAAGUGCGCUCGCUUCCUUCGAUUGACGAACUUCUUCUUUGGUGAGAGGCGGCUUGACGAGGAGGGACACCACGUGAGACGGACUUGGUGGAGCGUUCUGUCAGCGAAGAAAGGGGAUUCCGAGCACCCUGUGAUCGGUCCGGCGCAACAAAGCCAGGUGGACCAAAAAAAUCUAGACACUUAUUUCUUGCGAGACGGAAGAUAUGUUCGGGCUCCAGCUUCUGAUCAGGUCCGCAUUCCAAAGGGUCGCCAGGUCUUUCUGGAAGUAACUGAAGCCAACGAUCGUGUUGAUGGGGCUCCGGAUCCGGACGACGGGCUACAUGGCCGGGACAGUGACAUGUUCACCAAGGUUUACAUUCCUCCGUCCUUUAGGACUCGAAUUGCAGCGUUCAUCCUCCUCAUAUGGUUGUUCGCCGCCGCUACCGGUGUAGGCAUCACUAUUAUUCCACUGGUCAUUGGUCGGGCGCUCAUGUCGUCGUAUUUCCCCAAUCGCUCACCAUUGAAUGAUAUUUAUGCUUUCUCCACAGGCAUGUGCAUCACUGUCGGUGUUGCCUAUUCUAUCUACUAUUGCAAGACGCGCUUGGGUGCAGUACAAGAUCAUUUGAGCUCCUAUCUGCGCUCUCCGCGACAGGCUUGUGUUGGGUUGGCUCAAAUUGGACUUGAUGCUCUUCGCCUGGCUUACAUUUUUGUUGCCUUCUCAGUCUUUCUGCCUUCUCUCUUCGCGCUGACCAUGGAGCUUUAUGUGCUGGUUCCAGUACACACAUAUCUAGGUGGUCCACAAGCUCAUGUCAUUCAUUUUGUCCAGGACUGGACCCUGGGAGUGCUCUAUGUCCAAAUGGCUAUCAAGUUUGUUCUGUGGAAUUCCACGUCGCGCCCAGCAGCAGCACUGAACAGCGUCUUUCGGGAUGGUUGGCUCAAGCCAAAUGCCAGCCUGGCUACACGGGCAUUGGUGCUCCCUAUCACUCUCCUGGUAACUGUUGCGGUCAUCGUUCCGCUGUCUUUUGGGUUUGUACUUAACUCGACGGUCUUCCACGCAACACCAGGGGUGCAAUCCGAAGUCUACCGCUAUGCCUAUCCAGCCACCUUGACCAUGAGCCUAGUGUUGAUUAUUGCCCGCUUGGUCCGUCGACAAUUAGAAAUCUGGAGGGUCCAUGUUCGGGAUGACGUGUACUUGAUUGGAGAACGACUGCAUAAUUUCAGCGAGAAGCGCGCGAAAGAUGUCGGGGCAGCUCGACGAGUGAUUACAGGAUGA